UUUGACGCUUCAGUCCAGCAGUGAAUUAAGGACAAGCAGGGGAAUUUAUCGCUCCGAGAACAGAUUCCCGUCAUGGCUUUGCGCAGCGCCGUGUGCAGACUCCUGGUUUCCCCUCACAGACGAGCCGCCGUCACGGCUUCCAGAGCGCAGGGCAGCGCCGCGCCGGCCAGACGGGAUGCAGAGAAGAAGGAGCAGAAAUCCAGAACGCCUAAGGUCCCGUUCAGCUGGCAGGACGCCCUGGACCUGGAGGGUCAGCUGACCCCGGACGAGGUGCUGAUCCGGGACUCCUUCAGGACGUACUGCCAGGAGAAGCUGAUGCCGCGGGUCCUGCUGGCAAACAGGAACGAAGUCUUCCACAGGGAGAUCGUGUCGGAGAUGGGAGAGAUGGGUGUGCUGGGCCCCACCAUUCAAGGGUACGGCUGUGCCGGGACGAGCUACGUGGCGUACGGGCUGAUCGCCCGGGAGGUGGAGCGGGUGGACAGCGGCUACCGCUCGGUGAUGAGCGUCCAGUCGGCGCUGGUCAUGCACCCCAUCUACGCCUACGGCAGCGAGCAGCAGAAGGACAAGUACCUGCCGCGGCUGGCUCGGGGCGAGAUCCUGGGCUGCUUCGGUCUGACGGAGCCCAACCACGGCAGCGACCCCGGCGGCAUGGAGACCAGAGCCAAGUUCAACCCAUCCAGCCGCACCUACAGUCUGAGUGGCGCCAAGAGCUGGAUCACCAACGCCCCCGUGGCGGACAUCGCCGUGGUCUGGGCCAAGUGCGAGGACGGGAAGGUGCGCGGCUUCAUCCUGGAGCGCGGCAUGAAGGGUCUCUCCACGCCCAAGAUCGAAGGGAAGUUCUCGCUGCGGGCGUCGACCACCGGCAUGCUCCUGAUGGACGAGGUGGAGGUUCCCGAGGAGAACCUGCUCCCCAAGGCCUCCGGUCUGGGGGGUCCGUUCGGCUGCCUGAAUAACGCCCGCUACGGCAUUGCCUGGGGCGCGCUGGGAGCGGCAGAGUUCUGCUUCCACGCCGCCCGGCAGUACACCCUGGACAGGAUCCAGUUCGGCGUGCCGCUGGCGAGGAACCAGCUGAUGCAGAAGAAAAUGGCCGACAUGAUGACGGAGAUCAGCGUGGGGCUGCAGGCGUGUCUGCGGCUGGGCCGGCUCCUCGACCAGAAGAAGGCGGCGCCGGAGAUGAUCUCCAUGCUGAAGAGGAACAACUGCGGCAAAGCGCUGGACAUCGCCCGGCAGGCCCGAGACAUGCUGGGAGGAAACGGCGUCUCCGACGAGUACCACGUCAUCCGCCACGUCCUCAACCUGGAGUCCGUCAACACCUACGAGGGGACUCACGACAUCCACGCCCUGAUCCUGGGUCGGGCCAUCACCGGCCUGCAGUCCUUCACCGUGGACAGAUAGAGGCUCCGCCCCCUCCGCUGACAGAAUCCUGCCUUCUCUCCGCUGUCCGGUGUAAUUAAAGCUCCUGAAGAGGAACAUUCUUCUACAGCGCUGCGUCGGCUUCACUGUAAACUGAAUUUAACACCGUUAACAAUCGAAAAGUUGCACUUCUGCUCUGAAUGUUUAUGAUUUGUUUGAAGUGUGAGGAUCUCCUCACCGGUAACGUUGUGUUUCACGUCUAGCACUUUAUAUCAAGAUGUGGUUCUGUGUGAUUUUCAGAUGUUGAUCCCAGCUUCAAAUAAAUGAAAUCCAAA